AUGAAUGUCUCCCAUAUUUACAUCUUGUUGCUGUUCUUCCCAAAACUGCCUGGAGCAUUUGGCUGGUCGCGGAUUGUUGGUGGUUAUUCAGUGUUACCUCAUUCCAUCAAAUACCAGGUUUCUUUGAGGAGACCAGGGGGAACCCAUUACUGUGGGGGGUCCCUGAUCCACCGGAGAUGGGUUUUGACUGCUGCGCACUGCAAUUAUGGUGGUGCUGAACCAAUACAAAUCAUAGCAGGGGACCACUCAUUAACUAGGUAUGAAGGUACUGAACAACUGUUUCGUCCAUCAAAGAUCAUACCCCAUCCUCAAUAUGACUCAAAGAGAAAAGAUUCAGACAUCAUGUUGAUUAAGCUUUCACGACCUGCAAAUCUGAACUAUUUUGUUGGGAUUGUACCUCUGCCUCGCCAAAAAUCAUCAUUAACUGCAGACACAUUAUGCCGAGUGUCUGGGUGGGGCUUUGUCACUGCAAGUGGAAAGUUCAUUCCAAGGAUUUUGAGGGCAGUUCAAGUGCCCAUUGUAUCUAAUGCAAAGUGUAAUCACACAGACUCUUACAAUGGAAACAUCACCACAAACAUGAUCUGUGCUGGAUUCACAACUGGAGGAAAAGAUUCAUGCCAGGGAGAUUCAGGUGGCCCGCUGAUUUGCAAGGGCAGAGUGUAUGGCAUAGUGUCUUGGGGCAAGCUGUGCGGCGAUAGAAGGUUUCCUGGAGUAUACACAGCUGUGGCAAAGUUUCGUAGCUGGAUUAUCAGAACCAUCAAACAAUCAUAA